GCAUGCAGCUGUCAGUUAUGAAACAGACCAACGCUGCAGUUCGUAUGGAACAAAACACGACUGGUCUGCAAAUCAUUUCAUUCAUUCCUAUGAGGUGAUCACUGUUUGAGAGCAGAAUGGAUGCUGCCGGUCCCAGCCCAGAACAGAGUCCUAAACCCGAGCUUUCUGCAGCGAUGCGAGCUAAAAUCGAGCGGAACCGGCAGCGGGCGUUGAUGCUGCGGCAAGCCAGACUAGCGAGUCGCCCUUUGUCCGCUGUGGAUGGCGCAACCUCGGCCAAAAUCUCCAAGACCAUCGACUCCGGUGCCGGCUUCUUCAUCGAGGAGGAGGAAGGCGGAGAGGAAGAGCAGAGGACCAAGAAGGUUGUGCAUCAGCCAGCUCCAGUGAUUGAGCCGGACUACCUGAUGUGCGAUGAUUGUCAAAAACCGUUCAUGGACUCGUACCUCAGCAACAGCUUUGACCUUUGUGUCUGUGACAAGUGCAGAGACAACGAAGAGAAGCAUAAGCUCAUUUCCAGAACUGAGGCCAAGCAGCACUACCUGCUGAAGGACUGCGACCUGGACAAGAGAGAACCUCCGCUCAGGUUUAUACUGAAGAAAAACCCUCAUAACCCACGCUGGGGAGACAUGAAGCUCUACCUCAAACUACAGGUAUCGACUGGAAGGCUACGAACAAGUGGAGAAGAGGUGUAUGGAGGUGUGGGGUUCAGAGGAGGCUCUGGAGGAGGCCAGAGAAGCAAGGGAGGAGAACAAAGAGGUGCAGAAACAAAAACGCUUCAACAAGAAGGUCAAAGAGCUGCGCAGGGCGGUGAGGAGUAGCAUGUGGACCAAAGACAUCAGCGGUCACCAACAUCAGUACGGACCAGAGGAGGUGGUGGAUCCAGAGGAGGACCUCUAUAGGAAAACCUGCACCACCUGCAGGCAUGAACUCACCUACGAGAAGAUGUAGCUACACACUAAGACUGACUUUUUAACCUACAAGAGGAUGUUUGGUGCUUCUGCAGGGAACCAUGCCUCUCCCUCCAGUCGUACUUUAUUUUUCUACUGGUAUUUGUUUGUAUAGCUCAUUAAUACACUCCAUCCUGAUCACAUGCAAGAGGCCAACAUCACUGUCCUGUGUGUCACACACAGGCUUUUGUAUGUCAGUAGAAAUUUCUAUUUUAAACAGCCAUUACUGACCUGAGUAAUACUAUUUAUUUUUAGCAAUAACUCUGCCUGUCCGGUCGACUGCCUAUUGCUACACUUCCUGUUUCAUAUAUAGCAUGUAGAGAUUCCCUCUUGCAGUGGGCAAAUUAAGGCAGGCAUAAAACUGAAACUUGGCAAUACUGUCCUCUGUAAAAUAUCUAAUUGUGGAGUCUACUUUAUGGCUGAAUCCAAAUGUUCACUUCACAUGACCACUGUGGCUGUAAUCAACUCGACAGCAUUAUGGGGAACUACUCCAUGCUGGGUUUUCUCUCACUAUUCACUCUGGUUUGGAAAUUGAUGUCCGUCAUUGUCCCGAUAUUCACUUGGUGUUAAUAAAAGGACUGGUGCUGUGA